UUGAGUGACUCUACUGAACUGUACAGCACAUCAACAUUCGUUCAGAUUGCUACCAUGAAGUUCUUCUACUCCCUCACAGCGGGUCUGCUCUCCGCGAGCUUGGCCAGCGCUGCGGUCUCGCCAGAUGGAUCGUGUGGUGGAACCAACAAGUACACCUGCCAAGGUAGCUCAUACGGCAACUGCUGCUCUCAAUAUGGAUGGUGUGGAUCUUCGGAUGCUCAUUGCAAAGCGGGAUGCAACUCUGCUUUCGGAACAUGCCCUGGCAGCACACCUACAACCUCAAAGUCAUCAACCACGCCGGUCUUAACAUCAACACUGGCUCUGGGUGGUGUGGUUCGACAACCGACUACUGCGGAUCAACCUGCCAAGCAGGAUAUGGAAACUGUGGUAGUAACAACCCAUCAGGCACAAGUUCGACAAAGCCAAGCAGUACAGUUUCUGCGUCCCCGACUCCCUCAGCAAGUGGUGGUGUUCUCCAGUGCCUCAACGGCAAGAGUGUACCCUACAAGAUGACCUCGGAUGGCGAUUACGCCGAGCUCGUUGAGCCUUACAACCUCGCUCGCGCCUACAAGCCGUCUGUUGUCGUACUUCCCCAGACCCAGCAGAAUGUUCAAGAUGCCGUUGUUUGCGCUGCUCAGAACGGUAUCAAGGUUCAGGCUAAGUCUGGCGGUCACUCCUACGCAAGCUUCAGCUCCGGCGGUAAGGACGGUUCGAUGAUGAUCAGCCUUCAGUCCUUCCAGAACGUUGAGCUCGACACAAGCACCGGCAUCACAAAGGUCGGCGGUGGUGUUCGUCUUGGCAACCUUGCUGAUGGCAUCUACACCCAAGGUCAAAAGGCACUCUCGCACGGAACCUGCCCUGGAGUCGGUAUCGGUGGACACUUCACUCACGGUGGUUACGGUCACACCUCGCGUCACUGGGGUCUUGCUAUGGACCAAAUCGUUGCCGCUGAUGUCGUCCUUGCCGACGGCUCGCUCAUCAAGGCUUCUUCGACCGAGAAUUCCGAUGUAUUCUGGGGUAUCCGUGGUGCGGCUGAUUCACUCGGCAUAGUCACCAACUUUUACCUCCAGACUCAGGCCGCUCCCUCCAGUAUCACCUACUUCGCGUUCCCAUUCAGCAACAUGUACAGUUCCAAGACCACCUUCACCAACGCAUGGCUCCACCUUCAGGACUUUGCCAAGAACGCUUCGGUCGUCGACGACAAAAUCUCGUUCGGAGUAUACAUUGACAACUAUGGCACAUUCAGCCUGAGCGGUGCUUACUUCGGCAGCGUUGACGAGUUCAACACCAAGGUCAAGCCUGAGCUCCUCCGUACUCUGCCGGCUUCUACCUCCCCGACUGUCAAGGCGUACAGCUGGUAUGAUUAUCUGGUCCUCGUAUCUGGCAAGACGCAGAUCAAGGAGCCCUUGACCGGCUAUGACGAGCAUGAGAACUUCUUCGCCAAGUCCAUCACUGUUCCCGAGUCCAUUGGGCUCACCGCGAGCGCCCUGAAUGCUUGGUUCGACUACAUCAAGGGCACUUCAACCGAGUACUUCACCAUCGUCAACCUGUACGGCGGUCCCGGCUCAGCCAUCAACUCCAAGGAUACUACAUUCGCGGCGUACAACGACCGCGACAGCCUGUGGGUCUUCCAGAACUACGGCUACACCACCUCAUCGACAAACUUUAUCAACGGCCUCAAUGACGCUAUCAUCAAGGCGCAGCCUCAGACCAGCUUUGGCGCGUACUUGAACUACGUCGAUCCUAGCUACGAUGCUGCAACUGCGCAUAAGCUGUACUACGGCGAUGCGCUGUAUGCUAAGCUGUUGACGCUGAAGAAGAAGGUCGAUCCUAACAAUGUGUUCUGGAACCCUCAGGCUAUUGGUGCUUGAGCAUCGUGCUUGAGCGAUCGAGUUUUGGCUUUUUGCAUUAGCGAUCUGGCGUUUGGG